CCGGAAGAGGGGCGGGCCUAGCCAGGCAUUGCUAAGCAACAAAGAUGCACCGAGGCUCAGCCCAGUGAGGGAACGGAGCUGGCGGAAGCGCCCAGGUAGCUGCUGGAUGGGUCGCAGUCUGCCAGUUUUCUCCAUCCAAGACAGCCCCCUUGAGGAUCCUGCCCUGGAUCAAAGCCACUAUUGGCCAUCUGGAAGCCAGACUUGGCACCCCAAGACCCUGGCCCCAUCCAGGUCCCAGAGAUCCAGGCCCCCAGAAGCUCCGAAGGCUCUGGCCACAGGUCCCAACUCCUCUGAACUGUUUGAAGAGUCCUGGCCAUCCAGCUCAGAAAGCCCUUCCCCGCUCAGCACCACUGAAGGACAGAUGGGAACCUCUCCGUCACCCACCCUGGUCGACAGCAGGGAGUCCGUGGUGGCCAAGUACAUAAACCGGUUCCGUCAGGCUCAGCCCACAAGCCGAGAGGAGCGCCAGCCUGCAGGCCCAACCCCAGCUGACUUUUGGUGGCUCCGGCCUGAAUCUCCAGACACCAGCAGUCAACUUGCUGCAGCAGGAGCCAGUGAACCAGAAGGAAGACCCAGUACAGCAGUCCCAAUUCUUGCCAAGGUGGCCAGUGCAUCUCAGGCUAAGGCUGUGGCCCCCCUUGAGGAAAUGAAGCAGAGCCUCAACACAUGGAACUCAUCCCUGCUGGACCUGGAGACACUGAGCCUACAGAGCAGAGCUGCCAGGCUGCUCAGACACAGCAAGGCAUCCAUCUCUGCCUCCUCACUAAGCCCUAGCGAUACCAGCAGCUCCUCAUUCCCAGUCAGCUCUGAUGGCCUCUCUCCCUUCUCCGUGACCUUCACCCCUGACUUCAGCAAGGGCUCUGACCCCAAGGCACAUGCAACACCAGCGCCUGCCUCCAUCCCUGCGCCAGCCCAGGUCUCCUCCCAGGCACCCCUGCGUCCAGAAGAUGACAUUCUAUACCAGUGGCGGCAGCGGCGGAAGCUUGAACGGUCUCGGGCUCAGGCUCGAGGAGGGCAGGGUGAUGGAACCUGGGUACUACCCCAGACUCCUGCCCUCACCACUCCAGUGAGACUCGCCGAGUCUCGGAAAGCCAAGGCCACGCUCCCCCUGGCGGUGUGGGAGCCUAGGAAAGACAAAGACACUCCCUUGGCUGAAGCUGGGUAUCAGGCGCCUAAGGUCCCGCCCACUCCAGCUGAGGAGGCGUUUCCUGGCGCCAGGGCUCCGCCCCCUUCCUUCAAGGCGUGGUCUCUCGAGGCGGCUGCGGCUCCCUCGUCGGCUGCUGGCCACGCCCCCUCAGAAGAUCUGCUCUGCCAGGCUGCCCGACUUCUAGAGGAGGCGGAAGACUCAGACGGCAGCGAGUUCCAGGACGACCCGGUACUUCAGUUGCUAAGAGUUCAGAGGUCCGAGCUGAGACGCCAGAAAAGGAAAGUGGACGCCCAACUAUGCCUCUUACUGGAGCACACUGGAGACCCAGGGACUUGGUCUCCUCCAACCGGUCGCCCCCCCAGGUCCCCAGGAAGGAGUCUGCAGAGGGAAGGAGUUUCUCUUGAGACCAGACGACAUUGAAUUGUAUAAAUUAUGUUUUUCCCAACACAAUAUAUUAUUUUUU